AAAUCACUGGAGGUAUUGUCUCAAGAGGGCAAAUAAAGAUAAGCGGACUGAACUUUCGCCGUCUGUUGCGAAAUUGACACGCUGCGCAGCUUUCCCAUUUAGCUUAACUAUAAAGUUUUGCUUGCAAAGAUCUGAACCUAUAUUUUUUGGCUUAGUCAACUUUAUGGAAGUCACAAACAGAGCUUUUGACGGACGAMAAGAUUUUUCGUCCCCGUGGYACUUCAGCGAUGURGUUCUCGUUGUGGAAGGACGUAGMUUUCACGURCACAGAAGUACGUUAUCAAUGUGGUCCCCUGUUUUCGAGAAAAUGUUCAAUUCACCUUUUGCUGAACGCAACGCAAAAGAAGUCCCGUUACCAGGGAAACAAAAGGAUGAAAUCGAGGUUCUUCUAAGAGUGAUAUAUUCAAAUGGGACAAAAGAGAAAGUGAAUGAGGAUAACUACUUUUUCCUACUGGAACUUGCAGAGGAAUAUCAGAUGGACGAAGUCAGGAAGCUUUGCAUUCAGUUCAUGACAUCAGCAGUUGAAGAAUCAAACUGCUUGCAUUUGUGCAAUGUUGCAGAAAGAUUUUGUUUGAAAGAUGUCAUGGCAAAGUGCAUAGAGGAAGCACGAUACAGGGCAUCAAAAUCACUUCUUAGUGACGAGGAUUAUGARGACCUGACWCCAGAGCUUAAAAAUGAGGUUUGCAUGGAAAGAAUUAAAGAACUUGAAAAGUUUCUGCAAGAGUAUACAACAGCUUGCUCUAGAUUAGUAGAGCGUGUUUAUCAUACAACAGCAGAGCGGUUGCUUCAACAACAAGCAUGUGACAAUAUUGAGGAUCAUCGAGCUUAUGUAACUGURUCUCAUGGUUUUGUUGCCAAGAGUGUUCCAACGUUUGACGUUGACUGUAAGUGCUGUACUCAGAGGGUAGAAGAAGCUGACUGGAAUAAAGUUGGAGCUCAUUUUUAUGUUUUAAAAGAUUAUCUGCCAAAGCUGCAUGCCUUGCAACGUUCAAAUAGAAUUGCAGCAGGCAUAAACUAGGAUAUCUUUUGCCACACACAAAGUGGUGUGGAAAAUUGUGGUAAUCAAAAACAAAAUUAAAAAUUACAUGCCAAUGAUGCUCCUCAAACUGCAUUAACAACAACUUCGAUGGACACAAAGGAGCAUUGUGUGCUUCACAGAAAAAGGUACUACACAAAGAAAAUAGUACCUAAAACAUUGUAUUUGAUCAUAACCAAAGUAAUACACUGAAUUGAAAACAAGUGUAGAGACUGCAGACUUAAUGUAAUUAAUUUUAUAAAAAGAAAAAAUCAAUUUGAACUUAAAUGAAGGACAGCAUUAUAUUAAUGUUUAUGGAGUACAAACAUUAAAAUGUGUGCAACACUUUCCACUAUUUACUACAAAAUAGUGUUAAUUAAACAAUAGAAUUAGCAUGAUUUAGCAGUAUUUAGUGGUAUUUAUGUUGCAGCACAGUUUUAGUGUUUGUACUCUAAUAUCACGUCUACGCAAGUGGCAGUUUCUUGCAAAUCGUAGGAGACACUUUUAGGGCUAGAUAAGGCUACAGUGUCAAGGGAAGUCACCGAUGUGUCGAAUGCCAUUCAUAAUGAUUGCUCUUCGAUUUUACGUGACGUAGACUCAAUUAAAGGUUAUUCAUGUCUAAGAAAAUAUGAAUAUCAUGGAAAACUGCAUUUAUAAGUUAUAUAUUACUAGUACAGGAGGUUGUUAACAUUAUCAUUUUUUCUUCUUUUCUUUUCAAGUUAUUUUUUGUUGGAAAUAAAAACAUUAAAUUAUUGAGUG